CAACUUCCGGUGAAUACUUCCUGUUUAGAAGGCUGUCUGCUAUUUUCUCCGCACACCUAUCGCCAGUAUCGGUAUGGUGUUUUUUUAUCUGGAAACGUAGUGCUUUGAUAAGAAAGAAAUGCCAGCAGCAACAGACUAAAGGAUAACCGAUUUGGUCAGUAUGAUGGCAGCAAUCAAGUCAUUCCAGCAGCUUCGUUCCGACCUGAUUGUAGCCUUUCUGUCUAACUGGUGAAUCCUGAACAAACUUUUUGCCAUCUUAUCUCCACAUAAUGGUAUCAACAGUCAACACAACAAUUGAUGUCACCACUCUCCAGUCUGAUGCAAAAACAGAGAAGUCCUCAGGACAAGUCCUUGCCUAUAUACUUAUCCCCAUUGGAUCUGUGAUUUUUAUUGGUCUUGUCAUCAUUGUGAUUGUGUUGGUGCUUAAGAAAAAUAGACUGGACCGUCUCCGUCACCACCUGAUGCCUCUAUACAGCUUCGACCCGGGGGAUGAGAACGGGGACUGGGAGUCGGAGCUGCUGGAGGAAGAGAGGGAGCAGCAGAUGAGGCUCAGGAUGGAGAGCCCUAGUCCGCCAGACUCCCCCAAGAUACUUCUGACGUCUAUGCAUUCCGAGUUGUGAUGUAUGAACAGCAUUCCAGAGAAGACUUGUAAAGUAUACAACUUUCCACAAGACUAGUCGUAUACACAACAUUCUACAGAAGACUGGAGAUGUAUACACGCUCUACAAAAAACCCAGGGUUAGUUUCAACUCCUGAAACUCGGUGCACCAUGUACAACCUGAUUUAGUGAUAAUAGGAUGGCUACAUAACUGAAGCUCUCCACACAGAUAUUGCGGAGCCAACCCCCUGAACACCCCCUUUGAAAAUUCCUGGAUCCACCUAUGUGAUGUAUGCAGUCUGAAUACCAAUGUGUCCAUUUCAUUUUUAGUUUCUAGUGAAGUUUUACUUACCAUUAGAUAACGUAAAUGUA